UGAGCACCUCCCCGUCUCUCCACCAACUGGCUCAGGCGAGGAUUUUCAUCGAAAACAUCCACCGCAGACUGCGUACCAGAGCCGGGGGGAAACGGUGCUACGACGAACGGAGAACCGACGCUAUGGACCCAACAGCAUGACAGCCGACUCCAUGGCGUUUUUUAAAGUUGGUGUUUAGAGGCGUUAAAAGGAUUCAACAGCAAUGAAUGCGGUAUCACUUGUAAGAUAGAGAGGGGCCAAAGUGGACUAUCCCUCCCUCGGUAGAUGCCUUCCGCCCGAUGGAGGCUGACGGGACCUUUGCAGCGAGUUCGAGGCCCGGAGGGUCACCUGAGAAACACCUCGUUGCAGGACGCAAUUAAGGACAAGACCGUGCACACCUGUCUGCGCUUUCGAGGACUUACUAGACAAGUUCUUAGUGAGCACAACAACAAAAGUUAGCUGCGGGAGGCGAACCCCCCCUGCACAAGAUGACUAUCAUAGAUAUCACUUAGCGAGAGGUUACUCACCGCCUCAGGUAACACAGGACAGGUGAACAACGGUACUCUUUAAAACGGACUGCACACUUUUUAAAAGUCACACCAACUAAUUUGACUGCGAGAAUUCAGCAGGUUUUUUUUUAAGUUGUGUUUUUUACUCACCAAGAGUCAACCAUGUCACUCAAAGACAAUGCUUGUCGGAAAUUUCAAGCCAACAUUUUCAACAAAAGCAAAUGCCAGAACUGCUUCAAGCCCAGAGAAUCACAUUUGCUGAACGACGAAGACUUAAAUCAGGCAAAACCUAUAUAUGGAGGAUGGUUGCUGCUGGCUCCAGAGGGAACGAAUUUUGACAAUCCGUUACACAGAUCUCGGAAAUGGCAGCGGAGGUUCUUCAUCCUUUACGAGCAUGGCUUACUGCGCUACGCUCUGGACGAAAUGCCCAGCACCCUGCCACAAGGGACGAUCAAUAUGAACCAGUGCUCUGACGUCAUCGACGGAGAGUCCAGGACGGGGCAGAAGAACUCACUGUGCAUCCUGACCCCGGAGAAAGAGCACUUUAUACGUGCUGAGUGCAAAGAAAUUAUCAACGGGUGGCAGGAGGCUCUGACUGUUUACCCCCGGACCAACAAGCAGAACCAGAAGAAGAAACGCAAAGUGGAUCCACCCUGUCACCAGGGUGGAAGAAAUGCAAGCCAGUGUUUUUCCACUGAAGACAUGAAUGGACACCCAGAGCCCGGCCCUGCCAAGGUGACGGUAACGAGCAGCGGGGGGGGCAGCAUCCCCUGCUUGCCCAGCAGCAUCGCCGGCGCUGAGAGGGUCCCGAUGAGCCGCACCACUCUGUGGCAGGAGGAGAGCCGCUGGAGCCGCGCCUCCAUCCCCUGCAGCCGCAGCGCCUCCUGCCUCAGCCAGCUGGGCCAGAGCCAACCGGAGUCCAGUGUCACUACUCAGGACGAUGCCGGACCCAUGAGCACUGGACGCAAGGUACGAGUGGAGAGCGGUUACUUCUCCCUGGAGAAGACCAAGUCGGAGCCUCAGUCUGCCCUGUCCCCACAGUCUGCGCAGCCGCCCCAGCACCUGCCGCUGUCCUCUUCAGCCUCGUCCUCCUCUUUAGGAGCUCUCAGUCCCAGGUACAUCUCCGAGUCAGACUCCCUAACAUCCCCUUAUCAUCCCUCCCAAGAUCCUCUCCCUUCUCCAGGUGCGCUUGUUUCCCCCAGCUACUCCACCAUCAGCUCCUCCCAGAGCUCGCUGGACUCCGAGCCCAGCGGGAGUACGCCCACCUGGGAGGGACGCUGUGGUGGUGGAGGCAGCACCGGGAGUGUGGGUGGUGGAGGAGGCAGAGUGGGGAGGCCUGGCAGGGAGUACACUGCGCUGUCUGAUGUGCCUCGAGCUCGCAGAAUGAGCUACCGUGAAGCUUUCCGCUCAGAGAAAAAGCGCCAAGAGCUGAGGGCACGGACACGGAGUCCCGGCAGAGAGGAGGUGGCUCGGCUGUUUGGGCAGGAGCGCAGACGUUCUCAAGUCAUUGGCCGAUUCGAGGAAGGCCAGUCUGAAGAGCACAUGGACACAAGCGGCUCCAAUGAUCCCUCGGCUAACCCCACGCUAAUCCAGAGACAAGGGCGCAGCGAGAGGCGCUAUCUGGCUAGUAAACAUGACCUGUCCCUGGAUGCAGGAAAGGACCGUUCAGUCCCUGAUGUGUCCAGCUCCACUUUUGCUAACUUAAGAAGAGCCAAGUCCCUGGACCGCAGAGUUACCGAGUCCUCCAUGACUCCAGAUCUGCUGAACUUCAAAAAAGGAUGGAUGACAAAGCUGUACGAAGAUGGGAUGUGGAAGAAACACUGGUUUGUCCUGACUGAUCAGAAUUUGCGAUACUACAAGGACUCAAUAGCCGAGGAGGCUUCAUUAAUGGAUGGUGAGAUCGACCUCUCCACUUGUUAUGAUGUCAAAGAGUUCCCGGUCCAGAGGAACUACGGCUUCCAAAUCCUGUGUAAAGAGGGAGCGGGCACCCUGUCUGCCAUGACCUCUGGAAUCCGUCGCAACUGGAUUCAGGCCAUCAUGACGAAUGUGCGACCCACUAUUGCCCCUGAUGUCACUCGGAAAAACAUCUCACUGAAACUGUCCGUUCUGAAGCCCAGAUCCCUCCCUGAAGAGAAGGCAAAAGCCAACGUGAUGUUAGAGCCGUGUCCACAGGCCUCACCUGAGCUGAGCACAAGUCCUGAAGCCCCAAAGUCCUUCGUCCACACACAGACGUCUGGAAGCAACGCCUCUGGCCCUCUCUCCGAGCAACGUAAAAGCCGAGUCCGUGAGCGCAGACGAGAGGGUCGUUCCAAGACUUUUGACUGGUCCGAGUUUAAAAUGGAGCAGACAGAAAAGCGAGCAAUGGAGCGAGCGGACACAGUGGACCUCACUUCAUCUUUCUCUACAACGUCCUCAUUUUGCUCUACCUCCUCUUCGCCUUCCUCAUUAGCGUCCUCUCCUAUCUCUACCUCCUCCCUCCAAACCUCCUCUCUGUCAGGUGCUCACCCACCUUCUAUGACCCCAGAAGCAGAAAAGGAGAGUGUCAGGAGGGGCGUCCUCCCACAUGGCACAACCAGUGCCCAGCACAUGCCAAAUACUGUUACCGUCACUAUGACUUCCACGCUUAACACGACAUCCCCAGUACCGCCAUCGAUACCUGAAUGCCAUGAGCAAGGAAAGAUGGAAGUAGACCACCCAGCACCAAUGCAUCCUGCUAGUGAAGAUAAGAAGACAAAUAAAAACCCGGAUGUCCAUCAAGAGAUCGAGCAGCGGUGGCAUCAGGUGGAGACGACGCCGUUAAGAGAAGAGAAGCAAGUUUCUAUCAACACAGCUUCAGGAAACUCUAGUAACUCUGACAGAUUGCCGGCUGAUGAGCUUGCUGCGCUGCUAGACAAAGAGUUGGGAGAGAAGCAGCAGGAGCUGGACCGACUGCAGAAGCAAAACUAUGUUUUAAAAGAGCAGCUGGAGGAUGCACUUGGGAGGGAACACAGUGCCAGACAGGGCUAUGUGCUGCAGAGUGCAACAUCCCCUUCCUCUUCACCGCAAAGAGUGCCGUGGCAGCGCCUGCACACGCUUAAUGAAGAUUUGCAGGGCGAGUUGGAAACCCAAAAGCGAAAGCAGGAUCUUGCUCAGCAGCAGAUUCGGACACUAAAGAGAAGCUACACAGAAGCGCAGGAUGCGGUAGACCACCAUGAGUCUGGUAUUCAGGCUCUGCAGACUAAACUAGCAUCUGCAAUGGCCGAAAUCUUGGCGAGUGAACAGGCUGUUGCCAGAAUGCGCAAUGAGCUCAAGCUAGAGCAGAAACGUUCAAAGGAACAAGAAGAUGAAUAUGGUCGUGGUGAGGCCACACUACGUGCCCAGCUAAAGGACAGUGAAGAGAGACUCCGUGAAGUAGAAGCCAGCCUCUUAGAGAGAAACCAGGCCCUCAGGCACCUGGAGCGCCAGCAGGCCCUGCAACGAGACCAUGUUAGAGAGAUUCAACGGCUCCAGGAGCGGCUGCAAGAGGUCACUGCUAGGAUCAAUGUUACCGAAGAGGGUCAAGCACUGAAGGAAGAGCGCCUGAGGAAGGAUCAGCAUAGCCUGCAAGAGAGUCACGAGAAGGAAAGACAGAAUCUGUGUCGAAAAUUAGCUGAGGCUGAAACUGCACAGAAAGAGAUGGAGGUCCGUGUGCUAGAGGCUGAGCAGCAGGUGGAGGCCUUGUUAAGAGGCAGGCAGGCUUCUGGGGCAAAAGAAAGCAGGGAGGAAAUGCUGAAGUUGCAAGAGGAACUGGCCCAGAAGACUGACAUGGUGGAGUCACUAAGGGAGAGUGUGCGCAGGCUAGAAGAAGAGAAAGGCCAUCUCACCUGCCGCUGUCAGGAGCUCCUUAACCAGAUAGCAGAAGCAGACCGUGAGGUGAACAAGCUUCGCAAUCGCCUCGAAACAGAAGAAGCUGAUUACUACACCCUAGAGCACUCCUAUGAGAGGGCUACUCAAGAGUUUCAGAAAAUGAGCCAGUUCCUACGAGAGAAAGAAGAGGAGAUCCGGCAGACUAAGGAAAUGUAUGAGAGGCUGAUGGUACGCAAGGAAGAGGACUUGAAAGAAGCCCUUAUUAAAAUGGCUGCACUUGGCAACAGCUUGGAGGAAACUGAACAGAAGUUGCAAGCUAAGGAGGAGCUUCUUUGCCAUAUGAGUCCAAAUCUCUUGGAUAAAGUUGAACCCUGUAGUGCUGAAAAGGAUCUGCAGGCCAAGCUUGUAGUUGCAGAGGAUCGCAUAGCAGAACUUGAGCAGCAUCUUAAUGCCCUGCAGCUGGGCUACGCUGACCUACGCAUGGAAAGGCAGCAAAUCCCAGACAAGAGCAAGAAGGCAAGGCUUAAAACAUCCGCCUCCUUAGCAGCAAACACAGAUCUCUUACUUACCUAUGACAAUUCAUCCAAGACGGAGAACUCCCAAGAUGAUAAGGAGUCUCAAGCUAAGAGACCAAGGAUACGUUUUUCCACAAUUCAGUGCCAGAAAUACAUAAGUCUCGAGGGCAUGGACACUAUCAAUGCGAGCACUGCAGACACAACACAAAAUGAGGAUGUUAAGGAAGAUACUGAUUUUAGUAAAGGGAACAUCUCUGAUAUUACUUUCUCUCACAUUAGUGACCCAGAGAAGUUCAUUUCUAUCAUACACGCCCUAGAGACUAAGCUGCUAGCCACCGAGGAUACACUCAGAAACCUCACACAAAAUGUAGGAGAGCAAUCCAAGCAAGCAGAAGAUGCGUCUAAGAAUUAUCUAAAGAUGACAGACACAAAUCCUAACCCCAAUAAGGAGUUUAGUAAUGGAAGUGGGACACAGAGUAGUGCUGCCAAUAAGCAUUAUGCCAAGGCUCUGUUGUGUGUGGAAAGCAGUCGAGAGAAAGUCAGGACUAUUCUUAAUGGCUCUCAUGUUACCACCGGUUCACAGCUGCACUCAUUGUCAGAGAUAGAGAACCAUUUGUUCAAUGCAUCACUGUUCAUCCGACAAGGACAAACGACUGAAGAGCAAUCACCAGUUGUCCAUACAAAUACAACCCCAGAGACUCUAGAUAAAGAAGCUUUGCACCUCUUUGCCAAAACGUUAUCAUUUGAGGCGGUUGUUCUGAAUAAAAUGGCUUUGUUAUUACAGACAUCAAAGUCUGACCUCCUACAAUCUCUUACCGAGAUAUGGGAAGACUUGGAGAACAUUCAAAGAGGUGACAAAGAGUGCUUGGCUAUAGUUUAUGCUGAUGUCUUGACCAGGAAGUUGAUGUUAGAAAGUUCAUUCUUGAAAGAAUUGGAGAAAGCUGAGACGGAUGUUGCUAAAUCCAAAGAGGAAAGUGUUUCAGCUGAUGUAGAUGUUGAUUCCACAGUUAUCUUUAACACUUUAAUUAAAGCUGAGCUAGCCUACUCUAUUCAAAACCUUAACAUGUGCUAUGAAGAGAAAUUCAAAAUACUGAAAAGGGAGAUAACUCAGGCUCAUGAUAACCUGCAUCAAAGGGAAAUAGCCUUGAAAACAAUUAUUGAAGCUUCCAAAAGCCCUGAUUUGAUAAAUGUAAUAAAAGAAGUCAAAAAUAACUUUGAGUUUGGUGAACAAAAGUUAGCAGACAUUUCCCCCCCCCGAACUAGCUCCCUACAUGGAGCAAAUUGAAAUGGAAGAGGCUAGAGACUUGGCUGAGGAAGUCGUAGACAGACAUUUGGCUAGAGAAAUGCCAUCUUGUGGUAUUAAUUCUAUUGAAUCGCUGCAACAUGCACAUGACAUCUUGGCCAAUGAGCUUCAAAGACAAGCAAAAAUCCUCCAUAAGUUUGCUCAAGAGAUAGAAAAUGGUGGAAACCAUCCUAGACUGGCUAAAAUGAUCCACGGUCUUCUGGGCCACCAAACCUCACAUGGUUUAACAAGUACCUCUGUCUGUAUGCGCGACGCCCUAAUCCAGGCUCAGGUAGCUUAUGUGGCAUGCAGGUUACAGGCCAUGCAUGAACAAGACGUGGGCUGGUGCAAACAGACAGGUCAAAACAUGGAUGCUCUUGUCCAACAGCACGCCCGAAAAGUCAACACAAUCCAAGAAAAUUAUGAAGCAUCAUUAAAG